AUGGCUACGAUUAUCGCAGCCCAAGAAAUUAGAAUCACGAGUCUGGAAUCCAACCCUGGAAUAUUACCCUAUAAAUUAGGAUAUGCUAAAUUACAAUCCACAUACCAUUCUUUUAUCCAUUAUUUUGAUUUAGACCCUAUCGAAACCGAACUUGUUAAAAUAAAUAAUCAAUUCGAAAAUAUAAUUUUAACAAUUGAAAAUAAAAAUGCGGUAUUCACAUCCGAACUUAAAAAUAACAUAAAUUCAAUCUCCUUUGAAAUAAAACAAUGCAAAGAAAAAUUAAAUUACCUUCAUUCUAAUAAGAGACUUAAAAGAGGAAUCUUAAACGGUCUAGGUACAAUAUUUAAAAGUAUUUCGGGAAACCUAGACGCCGAAGACGGCAAAAGAUACGACGACGCUAUUGUCUUAAUAAAUUCAAAUCAAAAAGAUAUAGCAAAUACACUAAAUAAACAGAUAUCCCUAACUACUAAAAUAAUCGAUGAUUACAACAAAAGUCUAUCUUUAAUAAAGCAAAACGAAAUACAAAUGGCUCAAAUAAUUAAUGAUCUUAAUAACGAACUAGAAAAAUUCGUAAACGACUUUUCCGGAUAUUUUUUAGCAAUAAACGCCUUAGACCAGAUACAUGCAGUUCUCAAAAUUUUAAAUGAAAUCUUAAAUAAUUUAGAAAACUCAAUAAUAUUUGCGAGAUUAAAAACAGUUCACUAUAGCAUUUUAAAAAUAGAAGAUUUAGAAUUUAUCAUAAAAUUGCUAUUAAAGUCAUAUUCAGAAAUAGACUCUUAUUAUUCUAACAAUCGGAUAGUAUUUGUGAUUCACUUUCCUAUAACCUAUCCAGAAAUAUAUUCUUACUUUCACCUCUAUUCAAUACCUACCCAAAAUAACUCUAUCCUUAUCCCCUCCAAAUCUUUUCUGGCAAUACAAGGAAAUAACUAUGAGUACGAGGACGAAGAAUGCAAAAAUCUGAACUCAUUAUAUUUUUGCACAAACAUGAAAUCUAUUGCCAAAGCUAAUGCAGAUGAUUGUAUCCACCAAAUAUUACAAUUGAAUAAUCAAGACUCUCCUGCAUGUGAACUUACUCCAAUCCAAAUCAGUUCUGAGGUAAUCGAACCAAUCAAUUCUGCCCACUAUAUUGCAGUAUUUCCUCGAGAAACCAAGAUCCAAAUCAGCUGUGCAAAGUCAGAUCUCGCAGUUUUAAAAGGAAAAUUUUGCACACACACACACACACAAACACACACACAUACACACACACACACACACACACACACACACACACACACACACACACACACACAUCAUCGCGAAAAUAGUCAGAACGGAUUCAGGGGACCUCAAAACGUAAAAAUCCGUCGAAAACUCGAGGAAAGUAAAAAUUUAUAA